CUCAAUUCAGCAACUGCAGUAACGCGCGCAGCCCAGCCUAGCUAUAUGUCAUCGUCGUCGAGUCAGACACAAAAUGCGUCGCAAGCGAUGAACAGCGUCGGCCUGGGUCCACCGCUGGAUCUUUUUCGAGAACUGCGAAGUACGGGAGAGCUCGUGAAGGAUUCAGGUAGCGCACACACAAAC